UGCUGCUAAUGGAGUAGUUGCAUGUAUUACGUACGCUACUGAGAAUUCCGAGAGAAAACAAAGUGAAAUAUUCUUCUCUAGUCAAAGAACAUGGCUAUGCUUCUAAACAAAAACAGCAAGAUGGGCAGCCCUCUUCUCCAUGAAUUCAAGAGGCAAGCUUCUUUCUUCUUCAAAGAGAAAAUCAAAACUGCUCGUUUGGCACUAACUGAUGUUACACCAACAGAACUGUUGACAGAAGAGAUCAUAAAUGGAGAUCUUUGGGCUCCAGAUACACGUGCUAUGGGUGUUAUUUCACGGGCUGCUUUUGAAGUUGAUGAUUACUGGAGAAUUGUGGAAAUUCUACACAAGAGGUUGAUAAAAUUUGAUAGGAAAAACUGGAGAGUCUUUUACAAGACUCUGCUUCUAUUGGAACACCUGCUAACCCAUGGACCUCUACGGGUUGCUGAUGAGUUUCAGUGUGAUAAAGAUGCCAUUAAGGAGAUGUCUAGCUUUCAGUUUGUCGAUGAGAAAGGAUUCAACUGGGGAUCAAGUGUUAGAAAACUAUCCGAGAGAAUCCUGGAGCUUCUUGAAAAUGAACAGUUUCUCAAAGAAGAGAGGGCAAGCGCUCGUAAGUUAACACGAGAGAUUCAAGGGUUUGGUAGCUUCUCCCAACGAUCCUCUUCAGCUGAGGAAAACUUAAAAGCAUUAGGCUUCAGGACACGUUUGAGGUGUAACUCUAUCUAUAACCAUCAACACAAUCAAGAAAAAGAUGACGAGUUUAUGGACUCAAAGGGGAAGCUUUUGCACGAGGAAAGAAUCCAAAUCCAUGAGUAUACCAGCCAUCCAGCACUUGGAAACCAGGAGAAUAUUAGCAGAGAGGAAUAUACCGCAGAAGAUCAUCCAUUCUGCGACGACCAUCAUCAUACAACAGUACCCCUACUUUCUGAUGCAGAAUGAACUUUCCAAACUGUUUUUUUUCUCCUACUGGUUUGAGAGGACGUGAAGAAAUUAGAGAAUGUGGAGAUAUGUGAAAUAGGCCAAGUUUGUGUGUUCAUAUAAAUGAGAGUUCUUAUAAACGGACAGCAUAUUCAGCAAACCAUACAAUGUCUUCUAAGAUUCAAAAGUUUGUUCGCAUCUUUACUGUGAAAUCCAGACACACUUGUAUUGUAUUAAGAAAAAAGAAAUAUUCAUUGUUUUUCAGUC